GUCUACAGGUACACUGGGCAAUGGUCAAAUCUCGAGAAUGGAAAUGUCGUUGUUUCGUGAGUAAAUUUCUUGGUUAAAUAUGACCAAUUCAUUUCAAUAAAGAGGAAAAAGAAAAAAUAGAUUUAUAGGAUAAUCCUAGUGGGUGCUGCUAUGUGCAAGAAUUUUGAAUCUUGCAUUGCAUGUGUUCGUAACAGACUGUCUGAAAGAGAGGGAGUUUUGCUGGUUGCUGUUUGCAUUGGAAUUUUCUCCAACUUGGGUUGCUAAGAUCGCCCCCUGACACUCAAAACCAAAUUUCAUCUUCGGACCCCCCAACGAUUCCAACCUAAUUUAGUUGUCUCUUAUUCAAUUCAAAUUGAAUUUCAUUCUUUUCUUUUGAUACUAAAGUAGUAAUCUUUCGCUGCUCUAUAGACGAAGCUCCAUAUUUUCAUUUUUUGGCUUUGCAUCAUAAGCUAAAGAUCUCGUUUUUAUUGGUACUUGCAAGUUUUCUUGAUAACCCUUUUGGGUUCUAUUGAAAUUAGAUGGCAAAUGCAUCUGGGCUGUUUACACCUGUAGUGCCUAGUGGUAUAAGGAGUAGAUUUUCUGCAUCUAUAGGGAUACAUCGAUCUGGGUUUUGGUUUUCUGAGGGAGUCUCCACGAGAAGGGUCCUCUGUGCCAGCACCGUUGAAGGUGCAGAGAACAUUUCCCCGUCUCAAUCUCGAGUGCCCAGGCUUUCUAACAGAGGCUGCAAGCUAGUUGGAUGUGGGUCUGCAGUUCCAAGUCUUCAGAUUUCAAACGAUGACCUUGCAAAAAUUGUUGAUACUUCAGAUGAAUGGAUAUCUGUUCGGACUGGAAUUCGUAAUCGAAGAGUUCUUUCAGGGAAAGAUAGUUUGAAUGCUCUGGCUGUAGAUGCAGCAAGAAAAGCUCUUGAGAUGGCUGAGGUUGAUCCCAUUGAUGUAGACCUUGUGCUUCUUUGCACAUCAACUCCAGAGGACCUCUUUGGCAGUGCUCCACAGAUCCAAAAAGCACUUGGCUGCAAAAAUAAUCCGUUGGCUUACGAUAUCACGGCUGCAUGUAGUGGAUUUGUGCUGGGCCUUGUUUCAGCUGCUUGCUACAUUAGAGGUGGAGGCUUUAACAACGUUCUUGUCAUUGGAGCUGAUGCUCUUUCUCGGUAUGUUGACUGGACUGACAGAGGGACUUGUAUUCUCUUUGGUGAUGCUGCUGGUGCCGUGUUAGUACAGGCCUGUGAUGGUGAAGAAGAUGGUUUAUUUGCCUUCGACAUGCAUAGUGAUGGUGAUGGUCAAAGGCACUUAAAUGCUUCGAUCAAAGGAAAUGAAGUGGAUCAUGCAUUGGGUUCAAAUGGUUCAGUCCUAGGAUUUUCCCCCAAAAUUUCCUCAUAUUCCUGUAUCCAAAUGAAUGGCAAAGAAGUAUUCCGAUUUGCUUGUCGCGCUGUGCCACAGUCAAUUGAAUCCGCACUGGAGAAAGCAGGUCUCUCAGGAUCCAGCAUUGACUGGUUGCUGCUUCAUCAGGCAAACCAAAGGAUUAUUGACGCAGUUGCAUCACGUUUAGAGAUGCCAUCUGAACGUGUCAUAUCCAAUUUGUCCAACUAUGGCAACACAAGUGCUGCAUCCAUUCCAUUAGCAUUAGAUGAAGCGGUUCGAAGCGGCAAGGUGCAGGCUGGCCAUACAAUUGCAGCUGCUGGGUUUGGGGCUGGCCUUACCUGGGGUUCUGCUAUUGUGAGAUGGGGAUGAAAAGGCUACUAAUUAGACCGAGUAUAAGCAGAAGGAGAAGUAGUAGAGUUUGCUUGAUACUGUGAUACUAGAAUUGUUACUUCCAAAUUUUGUAAUGCAGUGCAGUUACAGGGAGAUGCAAAUAUGCAAUGGCAUAAUCUCCUUCAGCUCCCCCUUGUCCUCUUUUUGUUAGUAUUAAAUUUCAACACCAUCAAUAAAUUUUAACUUUUUUUCCCUCUUU